AUGCCGCCACCCAAGCGAAAGGCGACUGACAGUGGUCGGUCCAGUAGAGCGUCGAAGCGUCCAACGCCGGUCCCUGAUGUCCAGGAAAUCGGCAGUAGCGAUGAGUACUCCGACUACGAGCAGGAUGCAAAGGAGGAAAAGCUGAAAGAUAUGGUGGACAAAUUUUCCCUCGAAUCAUUCAGUAAAAAGUCACAGAAGCAGGACCCGAACUUUGGUUACAAAGACUUUUCCUCCCUUCCGUUGAAGCCCGACCAUGCGAACCGUCCUCUAUGGAUCGAUCCGUUGAAAGGCACCAUCACGCUCGAGAGCUUCUCGCCGCUUGCGCCUCAGGCGCAGGACUUCCUCACUACGAUCGCCGAACCGUUGUCGCGCCCGACUCACCUCCACGAAUACCGGUUGACAGGGAACAGUUUGUACGCCGCUGUGUCGGUUGGCUUGCUGCCGCAAGAUAUUAUCAACUUCUUGGACCGUUUGACCAAGACGCCACUCCCGGAAGCGAUCAAGUCGUUCAUCAUUGAUUUCACAAAGUCGUAUGGAAAGAUCAAGGUGGUUCUGAAACACAACCGGUUCUUCGUCGAGAGUACAGAUCCGUCCAUGCUGCAGAUGCUGCUUCAGGAUGAAGUUAUCGGACCUCAGCGCGUACAAGGAUCGGAGGGAAUAAUUCAACAGGCAGCGCCCAAAAUGGGUGGUCUUGUCAUUCCUGGUACUAAGGAUGCUGCUGGCGUGAAAGAGACGUCGGAGCAGAAGCCUGUCGAGGAAGGGGCUACAAAACGCCCAGAGGAAGAUGAUAUUCUUCUCGCCAUCCGCGACGAUGAUGACGACGACGACGAAGAGCAAGCACAGGUACACAGCUUUGAGAUUCCGAACGAAGCUGUGGAACCCGUUAAGGCGCGCUGUCAAGCUAUGGGUUGUCCCGCGCUUGAAGAAUAUGAUUUCCGAAAUGAUGACAUCAACCCGACACUAGAUAUCGAUCUAAAGCCAAAUGCUCGGAUUCGAAGCUAUCAGGAAAAGAGUUUGAGUAAGAUGUUCGGCAACGGACGUGCAAAGAGUGGUAUCAUCGUCCUGCCUUGUGGUGCAGGAAAGACAUUGGUCGGCAUUACCGCUGCCUGUACGAUCAAGAAGGGAACGAUCAUUCUUUGCACCAGUUCCAUGUCCGUUGUUCAAUGGAGGAAUGAGUUCCUGCGGUGGUCUAACAUUGACCCUGGCGACAUUGCCAUUUUCACGUCCGACAAUAAGGAGAAGUUCCGACGGUCGACCGGUAUUAUUGUCUCGACAUAUUCCAUGGUUUCCCAAACCAGGGCACGGUCUCACGACGCGCAGAAGAUGAUGGACUGGAUCCAAUCACGGGAAUGGGGUCUCAUGAUUCUCGACGAAGUCCACGUCGUGCCUGCAUCCAUGUUCCGAAAAGUCACAUCCGCCAUUGCCACUCAAAGCAAGCUUGGUUUAACAGCUACGCUUUUGCGUGAAGAUGAUAAGAUCAAGGAUCUGAACUUCCUCAUUGGUCCGAAACUGUAUGAGGCUAACUGGAUGGAGCUCGCAGAGCAGGGACAUAUUGCCAAGGUGCAAUGUGCUGAGGUGUGGUGUCCAAUGACCACAGAGUUUUACACCGAGUACAUGCGCGAGAAGUCCAGAAAGGCCGCGCUUCUCUACAUUAUGAAUCCUCGCAAGUUCCAGGCUUGUCAAUUCCUCAUCGACUAUCACGAGAAACGAGGUGACAAGGUCAUUGUAUUUUCCGACAAUGUGUAUGCCCUUGAGCGGUACGCGCUCAAGCUGAACAAGGCAUACAUUUAUGGAGGAACCCCUCAGAACGAGCGUAUGCGGAUUCUUGAGAACUUUCAGCACAACGAGCAAGUCAACACCAUCUUCUUAUCUAAGAUCGGCGACACAUCCCUUGACUUGCCCGAGGCUACCUGCCUCAUCCAAAUUUCUUCACACUAUGGUUCCCGUCGUCAAGAAGCACAGCGUCUAGGCCGAAUCCUACGAGCCAAGCGUCGAAAUGACGAGGGCUUUAACGCGUUCUUCUACUCACUGGUCUCGAAAGACACAGAUGAAAUGUUUUACUCUUCCAAGCGACAAGCGUUCUUGGUCGAUCAGGGAUACGCCUUCAAAGUCAUUACCCAUCUGCAGGGGAUUGAAAACCUCAGCGGACUAGCAUAUGCCACGCCGUCAGAACGCCGUGAGUUACUACAGGAAGUUAUGCUACAAAACGAAACCUCUGCGGACGUGGAGGCCGUCACGGAUGAUCUUUUCUCUGAACGAUCUGGUGGCAGAGCCAGGGCUAGGGGGGGUGUCAAACGGAGCGCUGCUACUCUCAGUGGGCUGGCUGGCGGUGAGGACAUGGCGUACAUUGAGUAUAAUAAGAGCAGAAAUAAGCAGCUGAAGGAGAAAGGCCACCAUCCACUCUUCAGGAAGCUCGAGCGAGACCGCCAGAAGAGAAAGAAAGAGAUGGAAGAUUUCAGCCAGUAG